UGUCGAUGUCGACGACGGCCUCCGCGCCAUCCCAUUACGAUGUCCUUGGUGUGUCGCCGUCGUGCUCUCAAGAGCAAAUCAAGCGGGCGUACCAUACAGCUGCCCUGAAGAACCACCCAGACAAGGCUUCAUCGACUGGAUGCGCUGCAGACACGUUGGAGUUUCAGAGUGCACACAACGCAUACCAAGUGUUGCGUGACGUUGAGUCGAGGAAGCGAUAUGACCAAUCCCUUGCAGAAGCAACACUUCGCUCGCAAUUGCGCAUCUCGGACGAAGUGUCCUUGGAUGCUUUUUCGUUCGACGCAGACGACGCCCUCUACACACUCGUUUGUCGAUGUGGCGAGCAUUACGUGCUUACCGUGGAUGAAGUCGAGGACUUCGUGGACACUGUGCCGUGUGAAGGGUGUUCGCUAGUCAUUCGGGUCGAGUACAAAUCACAAGGUGAUGCAAAUUGAGAUGUAUUCAAGAGCUGGUGGUGAAGUCUCAAUUAAAACAAAGCAUGAACGAGUUCAUCCCCACUAGUACUCUUUUCCCUUGGGCGGGGCA